CGCGAUAUGCCGCCGCAUAUCCAGCCACUCGCAGCCAUAGACUCUCUGCCGAACUUUGUAUUUCUUUCGCUAAGCCGCCACAGCUUUUCUUCCACAACUGUUAGGCACCUGUAAACAAAAUUACUACUGCUUUUCUUGGUGAAGGAUGGAUGAUGAGAGCACCAUAGACUGGCCGCAACGAUGGAACCACCUUGAAAAGAUACUGAACAGGCAUGGCCCAUUUGCGCAUCCAGACUUCGAGCCAGGCCCUUCAGUUCUACAAUUCCUUCGAAACACUUGCAAAGUUCUUGUGAUUGGAGCUGGUGGUUUGGGCUGUGAGCUACUGAAAGAUCUGGGGAUGAUGGGUUUCCGAAACAUAGAUGUUAUCGACAUGGAUACGAUAGAGCUAUCAAAUCUGAACCGACAGUUCCUGUUCAGGCAGUGUGAUAUUGGAAAACCCAAAGCUGAAGUGGCAGCAGCUUUUAUAAACAAGCGCAUUCCAGGAUGCAAAGUGACACCACAUUUCAAGAAGAUACAGGAUUAUGAUGAUUCCUUCUAUAGGAAGUUUCACAUUAUCGUCUGUGGUCUGGACUCAAUUGUUGCCCGUCGCUGGACAAACAGGAUGCUGCUUGGGCUUCUGAACCAGGACGACGGCAUGUUGGACGAGCAAUCUAUCAUACCCAUGGUAGACGGUGGUACAGAGGGCUUUAAGGGAAACGCACGUGUUGUUAUUCCAGGCAUGACGGCUUGCAUUGAAUGCACACUGGAUCUCUAUCCGCCCCAGGUUAACUUUCCCCUUUGCACAAUUGCUCACACACCUCGGCUCCCUGAGCAUUGUAUAGAAUAUGUGAAAGUGCUUCUUUGGCCAAAAGAGCAUCCGUUUGGAGAGGGCGUUGCAAUAGAUGGAGACGACCCGGAUCACAUCCAGUGGAUUCAUGAGAAGUCAUUAGAGCGGGCUAACGAGUACAAUAUAACCGGUGUCACCUAUCGACUCACACAAGGUGUUAUUAAAAGGAUCAUCCCUGCCGUGGCGUCAACUAAUGCGUGCAUAGCAGCUGUCUGUGCUAACGAAGUAUUUAAAAUUGCAACAAGCUGUUCCAAUCCUCUAAACAACUACGUAGUUUUCAAUGACACGAAUGGGCUCUAUACCUACACCUUUGAGGCAGAAAAAAAUGAGAAAUGCCUGGCAUGCAGUCAAGUGCCAAUCACACUUCACUUCACAGAGGACACUAAACUGCAAGAGGUUUUCGAUCACCUAGUUAACUCUCCUGAGUUACAAAUGAAAUCUCCUGCAAUGGCGACUGUAAUAAAUGGCCAGAAUAAGACGCUCUACAUGCCGAGCGUGGCCUCCAUCGAGGUGAGGACAAAGGCAAACCUCAAGAAGACACUGAAAGAGCUAGCACUGGUGGACGGCCAAGAAUUGAUUGUAGCCGACGAAACUUCUCCGGACACCCUCAUCUUUAAGCUGGUAUUCAAGAAGACGACAGUUUGCUAAUUGGGUGCUGAUCAGCAAGCGAGCUUGAUGGGCCUUUGCAAGGAUUUUUUGUAAAUGGUAAAUUAAAAAUGUAUAUGACAAAUC